AGCCACGCUCGUGUGAGCGUAGUUGAUUUCGCCGGCGGACAUGGCCAACGGCAAAGAGAAUGAAGACGGCGGUGCUUCAUCAAUAAAAAUCGAUCAUACUUCUCCAUAUUAUCUUGGACCUCAAGAUAGACCGGGGGACUAUAUUACUCCUAUUCGGCUUCAUGGUGAGAACUACGACGACUGGGCAGGAUCCGUUCGUUUGGCGCUGAAAGCACGACGUAAAUUCGUGUUUUUAGAUGGAUCAAUAAAAACCUACGAAAAUCAUUGUACGGAGGAAGAUUGGCAAACUAUUCAUUCUAUGCUCGUGUCAUGGUUGAUGAACACCAUAGCACCGGAAGUGAGAAGUACCCUUUCUCAAUACGAAGAUGCAAAACUUUUGUGGGAAGAUCUUAAAGAAAGAUUUUCAGUUGUGGAUGGACCACGUAUCCAUCAAUUGAAGGUCAACAUAGCAAGAUGUGAGCAAUCGCCCUCUAUGACGGUUGCAAACUAUUACGGACAGCUCAAGAUGUGGUGGGAUGAAUUAAAUAAUUAUGAACCACUCUUGAGUUGCACAUGUGGGAAGUGUACAUGCAAGCUUGGAGAAUUGCAUGCACAACGACGUGAGUCCGAGAGAUUUCAUCAGUUUUUGAUGGGCUUAACUCCUGACUUUUAUGCACAAAUACGAUCUAAUUUGCUGUCUCAAGAACCUCUGCCGACCCUAAAUAGAGCGUACCACCAGAUAACGCAAGAAGAACGGGUGCGUGGAACUGCUCAGAAAAAGGAAGAAAAACCUGAAAUUAUGGGUUUUGCGGCAAAGGCUGUGGGACGGGAAAAUAAUAAAGCCUCUAAAGUGGACAAAUCUGGAAUGGUUUGUACACAUUGCAAUUUUCCAGGCCAUGAGAUCACUGGUUGUUUUCAAUUGAUUGGUUAUCCGGAUUGGUGGGGAAACCGCCCGCGAGGAAUAAUCAAAGGUACUGGACAAGGCAAAUCAGGGACAGGACGCGGCUCGGUUGCUGUAACGGCGCAUGCAGCAGCCAGUGAACAUAUUAUUCCACAGUGCAGUUCGCAGAAGGAGGGAGAAGCUUCUGCCACGACUUUACCUGGUUUUACUGCUGAGCAAUGGCGUGCACUCACAGCGGCUUUCGGUAAAAACUCAGCUUCUUCUGAUCAUAUGACCGGACCGACACUCGAGGAAGCUGAUUGGAACGGGUGAACGAUGGGAUGGCCUGUACUACUUUAAACAAGAUUCUGGACAGUGUGUGGCGGUGAAUGGCGUGGACUUACCAGCAGAUCUUUGGCAUAAAAGGCUAGGGCAUCCGUCUGAAAAUUUAAUUAAAUCUUUGUCUUCUGUUGAGAGUAGUGUUGAUUCUCCUUGUGACAUUUGUUUUCGUGCCAAACAAACUCGUGAAGUAUUUCCAUUAAGUAAUAAUAAAGCUAGUCGGAUUUUUGAUUUGAUUCAUAUUGAUGUUUGGGGUCCAUAUCCGACUGUAUCAACUUGUGGAGCCAAAAGUUUUCUCACAAUUGUAGAUG